GAACCCGGAGAUUAGUGAUGUCAAACUUCAGUUUACGAAUCAAGGCUCCUCGAGGGGAGAAGACAGUUUCCGUCCCUAGUUCAUGUUCAGUUAAAGAACUUCGAGAUGAAGCAUCCAAAGCGUUCGAGACUCCAUCAGAAAGACUCAUUCUGAUUUUUGGAGGCAAGAUUCUAAAAGAUGAAGAUACUAUUGAACAACUUAAAAUAAAAGAUGGAUUUAUUAUCCAUUUGGUGAUUUCGAAACAACAACAGCCCUCCCAGGUUAACCCAACAGGAACCUCUUCAGUUGUAACAGAUGUGGGCAAUAGACCAAGAGAAAGUAGAAGUCCAAGUAAUCCAUCACAAACUGGUGCUACUGGAGUGAACACUUUUGCUGGUAUGCAACAGGCUAUGCAGGCUCAGGUGAUGCAGAAUCCCGAACUUCUUCGUAACAUGCUAGACAGCCCUCUUGUUCAGUCUUUGAUGAGCAAUCCAGAGGUCAUCAGAAGUUUGUUUCAAGCGAAUCCUCAAAUGCGUGAUUUGAUUGAGCGCAAUCCUGAGUUAGGACAUAUGCUUAACAAUCCAGAUCUUCUUCGUCAGUCUAUGGAGAUAGCUCGCAAUCCGGCUAUGAUGCAGGAGAUGGUCCGUAAUUAUGACCGAGCAAUUUCCAAUCUGGAAUCGGUGCCCGGAGGAAUGAAUCAUUUACAACGGAUAUUUCGGGAUAUCCAAGAACCAAUAAUGGAUGCAGCAUCGAGCAUUGGCUCCAGCUUAAGCGGUAAUCAGUCAAAUGGCAAUUCGGAGCAAAAUCCCUUCGCAAAUUUAGCAGGUGGUGUGCGACAAGGUGCUCCUGCCACUGAACCUAUGCCGAAUCCUUGGGCCCCAGCUACAACCAACUCAACUACAAAUAACAAUACUACAACAGCACCUAGUUCGGCGAAUUCAAAUCGUAACAGUGAUUUUGUGCAAACUAUGUUAAACCAACUAUCUUCUAGUCCUGAGUUGGUAUCGAAUGCUUUUCAGGUCCCAUACGUGCAAGCCAUGCUUGAAGCAAUGAGUGCAAACCCUUCAGUUAUGGAAAAUCUAAUCAUGAAUAAUCCAAUGAUUUCUAGCGUUAAUCCAAAUGUACGUGAUCAAAUGCGACAAAUGCUCCCACAAUUAGCUAACCAGAUCAAUCAACCAUCAUUUAUGAACAUGUUAUCAAAUCCUCGUGCUCUCCAAGCUAUGAUGCAGAUCCAACAAGGACUUCAGACACUGCAACAAGAAGCUCCAGGUGUGUUAACUAGUUUAGGUAUGUCUGCACCUACAACUGGUCCAGGUUCAGUUACAUCUGGUACAACCCCAACUGCAGAAACCCCGGCAACAGCUCCUGGAGACAACUCUGACUCCACAACAGCUGAUCGUACUACUGAUACUACAGCCAAUCCACCUAAUCAAGCUGAAUUGACCACACUAUUAUCCAGUAUGCUGAAUAUGAUGUCUACCACUAAUAAUGGAUUGGGUGCCACAAACAAUGCUGUAAGAUAAAGUUUUACAAUUUUCUAUUCAUUUGAAUUCGUCCAUAAAAUUUACUUAGCACUUAUGGAACAUCUUUUUGACAAUUUGCUACUUCUUUUAUUUUGUAGCCACCUGAACAACGAUAUCAAGCUGAACUUGAAGUUCUCGCUAAUAUGGGCUUUGUUAACCGAGAAGCUAAUUUGCAAGGUAAACUGUUCACUAACAAUGUGCAGGUUUAUAAAAAAAAGUUGUAAAUCAAUUUCUUUUAUAAGGCAUAAAAGUUUUGGCUGACUACCCUCUUGGUUAGACAUUUAUAAUCGUCUAAUAUAUUAUGAUAUGUAAAUACUAGAUCUUUCUUAUCAUGGUUUAUAAUAUACAUGUAUAGUUUCUUUUAUUUUAGUCUAAAAAUUACCCUUGUUGUAUUUGAGAUACUAUCUUAGUAUUCUGUUCAAAGUCAGUUAAGUAGGCGUUGGUGAGACGCUUAAACCAUUAAGCUGCAGGUUGAUUAAACUAACCUAUAAAAAACUGAGUAUUACUAUCCCAUUUUUGUUUAUCAUGACUCUUUGUUACCCUUUGUCGGUUGAUUAAGUUAGUUUAUAUGUAUAUGCGUUUUUUUGUGUGCUUCACUAUUUUUCUACUCAUUUAUUGCAGAAUUCUUCGGUCUAGGUAAAAAGAUAUUUUUUACUGGCUGGUUGAAAGUUAUACCAUUAAUACAGUAAUCUUGAUCUAUACCCUUUCAAAAUAUUCUGUAAUUUAUUCUUCAUGCAUUUCACGAAAUCGUAUUAUAACCAACAUAGUCACUUAGUAUCUAUCCCUUUGUUGGAAAAACUUGAUUACAAGUCAGUGGUGCACAUGGGCUCCACGAUCCUGAGGGAACAAAUGACCUAUGAACCAAUCGUUGGUCACCGGCUACCAUGGAACUUCGUUUACUUACUUUACUCCACUACCUUGUAGAUUAGACCUUCUGGUCAAAGACUCUGUGUGUGGCCUCCUGAGAAAACCAUGUGCUUCGGUUUGGGUACACACGCAGUAUCCCAGCUCUCAUAUAAAUCGAAUGAUUUAUGUGGUGCAUAUCUAUUUGGUGCCUCCUUUUACCAAUGGUCAUGUGUUCAAAUAAAACAAAUAAAUAAAUUUCGAUAUAAAUAACAUGAUUUCACAGUUAGUACAAUUGUAGUGAACAAGAAUAUAAGUGGGGGACAAUGGAAUGUAUUUGACACGAAAUUACGGAGCAUCAAUAAAAUCUGAGAACCAUAUAGUAAACUGUUAGUUUGCAAAAUAUCAAUCCAUCGUUUCAAACUACACUGUUCCUUUUGCAAAUAUCAGUCAAUCGUCUCAGAUUUCAUUGUUCAUGAGUUUUCAUACCAAUUGCGUUCCGUUCCUCUUCUUUCUUCAUCGACCUUCUACUGAAAUACAUUCUAUACUUGAUCACCGUUAUAUACUACUUAUGUGGGUUUAAGUAACCCAUACCACACAAUUUCUAUUUGGGUAGUUGAUUGUCUCCUUUACUAUAGUUUACAAUUAACGUCCUGAAAACGUCUAACCAUUUUCGUUUUUCAUUAACUAAGAAAAUGCUUAGUUGAUAAGCAUAUUUUUAACUAACCAAUCUAUGUAUUGGUUUUUUUAUAGCAUUGAUCGCUACAUUUGGGGAUGUGAACGCAGCUAUUGACCGACUCCUUCAAUCAAAUCAGUCAAGAUAAUGCCCCAGGUUGUUCACCCUAAAUAUUGACAUUAUAUAGUACUUAUUUCAUUUCUAGAGAGGAUAUGCACUAAUCUUUGGGUUUUCUUUUUCUAAACAAAGGAGACUGUCAAUAUGUAUUUUUCAUCAGUAUAUUUUUGCUGUCACAAUUUUCAUAAACUGUUGCAUUAUAUGUACUUGUGUGCUGCUAUUCAACAGUUUUGCUUUUUAGACUUGUCAAAAGCCUUUUCAUUCUCUUUUGUUUUUAUUCGCUUCUUAUUAGAACAGUUCGUAUAUGUGUUCUGCAUACUUUUUCAUUAAUUUUCAUAAAGUAUCAAAUAAACUGCGCACAUCACAGUAAUUAAUCCUCUUCUACAUCUUUUAUUGUUUGUUUGUUUGUUUUUGUUUUUUGUUUCUCUUCCCCCCUUCUUUUUUUCUGUUAUACCCUCCAUUUCUCUUUUCCUAAAAUUGUCUGUCUAAUGUGUUUUUUUGUUUUGUGUUUUUUUAAAGAAAAAAAAGGAAAAGACAAUAUGCAAUUGUAUUUGUUUCUCUUUUCUUUUUCUUUUUUCUCUUUGAUUUGAUGUGUUUACUAGCUCUGUAUUUUGACAUGGUUACGUAGAGAAAGAAGGAAAAAAAGAAAGAAAACAAGUAGAAAAUGUUUUUCUUUUUCAGAAAAAAAAGUGUUUAUUCUCCCGAUGAUUCUUGAAUAUUCUUACAUAUGGUCAAUUGUGUUAACUUCAUUUACAUAUAUGUGGACCAUUUUAGUUAAAUAAGGAAAAAAAAUGGAUGUAAUCUAUAAUAUCAAAAAAAUAUAUGCAUAUAUAGACA